ACACAAAGUAGAUCCAAUUUCUGCAUUUUGUGAUCAAAUUGAGAGGAGAUAUGCAGCUUCAAUUAUGUGAUCGUCGCUGUUUUAGGCGGGGAAUGAUACCUGAAAUUGUGGAUUUUAUUUCGGAUUGAACAAAUUAUAUUUGAACGGGCCAUAGCAUUGAAAAGUGAUAAAAUAGAGAAAAAACGACAAAUAAAGUAUAUCGCAGCGAUAAUAUCUGAGCAGACAUGGACCUUAUGACAGCCGCAUUCUUCCUAUUUCUGCUUUUUGGUAAUUCAUAUGGAAUGAAUAUACUAGUGAAUUCGAAAAAGUGUCCCUCCGCCUAUGAAAAUGGGUAUAUCUUUCAAGACACCAAAAUAAAUUAUGACGGAGCUGUUAAAUUAUGCGACAGUGAAAACGGAAAGCUCCCUCUACCUACAGAUAAAAAUUGGGAAGAAACUUUAAAAUAUCUGCGUGAUAAACAAUCACGAAGUAAUCAUCCAGAAGAGGGAGAUUGGAUCGGGAUGACAUUUGUAAUAAACAGCGAUUCUAAAAUACUCGCGCACGACAGCGAUGGAAUGGUAUUGACGCCGAAACAGAGGAAAUUGAUACCAAUCACUGAUGAAUACAUACAAGUAAAUUUAUUGUCCGCAAAAAGGGGAUGCGUUGUAUAUUUUCCUCCUGAUUCCACUCAUUCUGAUUGGUACUUUGAUCUUCAAUCUUGUGGAGGAAACGGCGUCAGUCCUCCUGGAAGGGCCGUGUGCAAAUGUAUUUCUGAUAUUCAAAAAGAAGUACCCCCCGUCUUAAAGAAGGCAGAUGUUGACAAUCAAUCAGAUCCUGAGUUAGCUCAAUCAGAAGCACAAACUGAAACAAAUGAUUCCACAUCAUUACAACCAAAAGGUCGAGCAGGGCCUGGUCCAGCCAGGAACAUACCUGGCGUUGAUGAAAAUAAUGACAGUUCUGGAGGAGCAGGAGAUUCAACUACACCUCUCGUUAUAAUGAUCGGCGUACUGUUUGCUUGUUGUCUUCUUGGGACAGCAUAUUAUGUUAUGAAGAGACAAGGGUGGAAUGUAAGAAGAAUGGUUUCAGAUAGAAUGCCUUACAAUAGGCCAAGACCGUCGUUGAAUGGUGGUACUAUUUAUCUUCGAGGUCAUGAAUCAUCAGAGAUUUCAUCGAAUUCUCGUCCAAUACAUGUAUAUGAAGAAAUUAUACCUCGAAAUCGUUCAGGAGCAUUUCUUGCAUCGUCUGCUCAACGAAGAGCAAUAACGUCCAGCUCAAGUUCUGUUACUAUGCCUCAUCUUCCACCUCCUGAUCCUCCUGUUGGUUAUCUUCCGGAACAUCUACCCGAACAAUUUAUUGAACAUGCAUGCAAUUCCCGCGAGGACGGAUACAUGCAGCCAUCAUUUCGGAGAAAGGAUACAAUACCAGGAGAUGUAAGAAGCCCACCACCAAUACAAGACAAUGUUUUUACGUUUCCACUGGCAAAGCCUAUUCCAAAGAUGAACACACUUCAAGUUCCAGAUGAAAAAGAAUUGAAAUACGCGAGUGUAGAAACCGUUCAAACCUUACUGGAUGAUGAAAAUGGAGAUCGCGACGAAGAAUAUCUUGUGGAUGAAAAUGACAGCGGCGUUAAUGUUAGCACAGAAAGUCGAGAAGAAAACUUGGUCGUCGAACUUCCUAAAAAAUGUUCCUCUGGCAGCAAUGACCAAACUUUAGCCACAAACUCAUAUGUGCACAUCACCGAAAAUCCACCCCCCGUUCGCGAUGUGGCUGGAUUCGAAGCUAUUUCUCCUGUAUUUGCUUGUAGCAACGAUUAUGAAAACGAACGCUUUUUAACCACAGUGAUGAAAGUUCCUCCGGUAAAACCAAAGAGAAAAAAUAAAAAUUCGCCACCCAUGUUGGAACCACAAAAACCAACGUCGAGUGAUUCCGUAAUAUAUGCAAGAAUUCCUUCUAUUUCGAAAGAACCGGUUUAUUCACAGGUUAAACGCAAGGAAAAUCGUACACAACCAACUGAAAGACAUUCAGGAGCUUACACACCGAUGAGAAGCGAUACAUUGAAAAGAGAAAGCACCCCACUUCCGUCUGAAAAUAGCAUUGAUCAGUCUCCAACACCAGCGGAACAAAACGUCCAAGAGAAACAUGAAGGCGCAUUACACUUGCCAUUAGUGAAAAUGGCACCUCGACGAAAAAAUUUCAUUUCCUCGCCGUCUAUGAUAUCGACAACAAAUAAAGCGUUGGAAAAUUCGUCUCUUGUUUGUUACGAAAUUCCACCCGAAGAGGAUGAUUACCCAUAACCAAAAACAUAACUAAAAAGUAAUAUAUGACGUUUCGGCAAAGUCCGGUGAUGUGGAAACGAAUAUAAUGACCUUGGCAUAGAAGAAGAAACUUUUGUGAGCUGAAGACAAACGUAUUGGGAAUACGUGUUAGCACCCUUCUAGAACGUCACUGAAAAAACUGGGCGUUCAACCUUUUUAUUAUGAAGGAUUUACGCGAUCUUGAAGGCAACUUGAAGACUGGAAGUACUGUUGAGAAACUCUUUAUGGAUUCUAAUCGUCGUGAAAAAUAUUUCUUUUUCGAAUAACGUCAUUUGAUAUAAUUGUCAUUUUUUUUCUGUAUUCAAUUAGAUUUUCAUCCGAAAAUAUCGUAUAAAAAUCUUAAUUAUUUUGUGUUAUUUUCUUGCUCUGAAUUUAAAUAUUAUAAUGAUAUUUUACUUAUUUUUACCUACGUUUCAAAAAUAAUGUUACCAUUUUUUAUUAUGUUUCAAUUAUUUAUGUUGUUAUUUUUAUGGAGUUAAAUUUGUUGCACGUUGUGAAAAAAACAUUUGUAUGUUGUGGCUCAUGCUCAUAUUGUUAUUUGACACAAAUAUUUAAGUCGAAACCACACCAAUUUCCGUCAUUUGCGCUCCGUUGUAAAGAAAAUUGUACAACAUUUUUUGUUUCUUUUACCCCGAAUUCUUCAAUUUUAUUCUGUAAAUAUUGUUUUAAAUUGGUAAUAAAAUUUUGAUUGCUUUUGAAUUCAUUACAUUGAUCACCUAAUUU